AUGGCCGGCAUGGCUAAUAUGGCCAAUAUGAACCCCAUGGGAGGUCCCGUUGGCGGCCCCAUGCCAAUGAUGAAUAAUGGCGCACUCCCUCCCCAGGCAACACCGCUGAGACUCAACGACGCCAGCCGGACACUGCUCAACACCUACAUCUACGAGUAUUUCGUGCACUAUGGCAUGUGGGAGCCCGCCCGCGCGCUCUACCACGCCGACGACCAGAUCCACGUGAGUAAGGAGAGCCUCGAUCAGCGCCGGGACGAGCCUGGCGCCGGUCUCGGCGAUGACCCCAUGGACACGGAUAGCAAGAGCGGUAUGGGAAAGCGCCCGCUCGAUUUGCCCGCACCCAACGUGACCACGCGCGUACCAGAUACCUGCUUUCUGUACGAGUGGUUCUGCCUCUUCUGGGACAUGUUCAACUCGCAAAAGGGCAAGAGCACAAUCGCGCACGUUAGCCAAUACGUCCAGCAUACUCAGGCGCAAUCGCGGAUGCGGCAACAGGACCAGCAGACCAUGCUGCGGCAAAUCCGCCCCGAAUUUACCCACCAGCAGUAUCCGCAGCACAUGAUGAGGGGGAUGCAGAAUGGCGGCAUGAACAUGAAGCCUGGAAACCAGCUACAAAGAGCGGCCAUGGCAAAUAACCAGAACCCUCAGACCAUGCAGAUGCUCCAACAACAAAAGGCAGCCGGUCAGAUGCAGCGGGACCCUUCGGAUAUGGAUGGAAACCGCGCCAGACAGGCAUCACCAGGCUCGACUGACAACGCGCCCUCACCAUCCAAGCGGCCACGCCUGGACGGCGCCCAGUUCAACCCCAACCCCAACGUCAUGAUGCCCAACGGUCGACCAGCGCAGGGCAUGCCAGGCCAGCAGCAGCUGCAGUCCUUUGCCGCCUCAAACCCAAAUGCACAAGCCAAGUCUAUUGCCUCGUACGCGGCUAACCUCCAGCAGCACCACGGCAACCAAAUGCCCAACAAACCCAUGGCGACUGCUGGCGGACCUCAGCCGCAAGGCUCACCCUUGGUGCCUCAAGGACCCGAUGGUGCCGCGCUUGGCCAGUUCUACAACCCCGGUGACAUGGCCCCCAAUAACAUGCGUGCUGGUCCCGGUAACGGGCAGGCGACAAGCGGGAGCAACCAUGCGUUGCAAGACUACCAGAUGCAGCUGAUGCUGCUUGAGCAGCAGAACAAGAAGAGGCUCAUGAUGGCUCGGCAGGAGCAGGAUAUCAGUGGCGGCAUGGUCCGUCCUGAUGGUCAAGGCGCCCCUGGCGUUCCAGGCGCCCCUGUACCAAAUGCCCAGUCCUUUCAAGGCAACUCUCCACCUGGAGGCCGGAGCGGCGCCUCGCCGAAUUCUUCAGACCAGAUGAAGCGAAAUCAGCAAAUGAACAAUCCUGCAAACGUGGGAUCCCCGGUACCGGAUGGCGGCGCACAGUCGCGGAGCUCGCCCAACUCGAUGAACUUCAUGGGCGGCAAUAUGGACCCCAACGGCGGCGGCCAGCAGCAUUUCUUCAACACCCCCAUGAAUGGUGGCAUGCGGCCGCCAAGUUCGCACCCCGGACCGCAGUUCGCCGGGCAGAUGAACCCGCAACAUAUGUUGGCGGCACAGCGCGCGCAGCAAGCUGCUGCACAGAGCGGCCCCGGCAUGCAGUGGCAGCAACAGGGCGGCCAGAAUGCUCCGGGCCCGCAGCCUCAGGUUCAGGGCACUCCGCAGCAACGGUCAAUGCCUCCACCGUCGGCCCCCCAAGCGGCAGCUGUUGCUGCUAGCUCGCGCAACACUACAUCGUCGCCGCAGACGAGCAAUGCCGCGCCUCCGACCCCACAGCAAACUAACAAGGCCGCUCCCAAGAAGAAGGAUACUAAGAGCGCUAAGAGCAAGAAUGCUGCUCAAAAGAAGUCCAACGCGAACCUCAAUGCUGCGGCUACGCCCGCUGCCGAACCGGAACCGGCGCCGGAAAACCAGGCUCCGGCAACUCCGAUGACUCCAAACCCGCAAAACUUUGCAAAGAACCAGAACGUGCCUGCACAGGUUAUCGCGAACGGACAGCCUGCGCAACCUGUACCGCCGGCGGCAGCGCCUCCUGUGCCAGUUCCUCAGCAUGCGGAUCCGACCCAAGCGAACGACUUCAUGACCAACGGACUUGAUUACAACCAGCUGGAUUUUGCUAACCCUCUUGUGUCGGACAAUGUCUUGGCCGAAUUUGACUUUGACUCCUUCCUGCAUGAUAGCAAUGGCGGAGAGGAUGGCGCGUUUGACUUUUCUGGAGGGUUCAUGGAGGGAGGCGAGAUUGGGGCGGAAUAG